UGUUCCGAAUAUCUCAUGUGACUUCCGCAUCAUCAUAAUUUUAAUUUGUAUGAAAACUCUCAUUGAUCCAAAAUGUAUUCCAUGCCAGAGAUAACGUUUAACAUUGACCAUGGCUAUCUUGAGGGCUUAGUGAGAGGUUUUAAAGCUGGUAUUCUUACACAGACAGACUACCUGAAUUUAGUACAAUGUGAAACUCUGGAUGAUUUAAAGUUGCACUUGCAGGGUACAGAUUAUGGUAAUUUUCUGGCCAAUGAACCAAGUCCAUUGACAGUGUCUGUUAUUGAUGAUAAACUAAAAGAAAAGAUGGUUGUAGAAUUUCAGCAUCUGCGGAACCAUUGCUUAGAACCUUUGGCAACAUUCCUUGAUUACAUAACCUAUAGUUACAUGAUAGAUAACAUAAUACUGCUGAUUACUGGGACAUUACAUCAACGACCACUGAGUGAACUCAUACCAAAAUGUCAUCCUCUUGGAAGUUUUGAACAGAUGGAAGCCAUUCAUAUAGCCUCUACACCUGCAGAGCUAUACAAUGCUGUAUUAGUAGAUACACCAUUAGCUCCAUAUUUUAUUGAUUGUAUUCUUGAACAAGAUUUGGAUGAGAUGAACACAGAAAUCAUUAGAAACACAUUAUAUAAGGCCUACUUGGAAGAUUUCUAUGCAUUUUGUCAAGAAACAGGUGGCGCUACAGCCGAUGUCAUGUGUGAAGCUCUAUCUUUUGAAGCAGACAGAAGGGCAUUCAUCAUAACCAUCAACUCCUUUGGUACAGAACUUACAAAAGAUGACAGAUCCAAGCUAUACCCACACUGUGGUAAACUGUAUCCAGCUGGACUGGCUAGAUUAGCACUGGCUGAUGACUAUGACCAAGUCAGAGCAGUAGCUGAUUGCUUUACUGAAUACAAAGAACUGUUUGAAGGUGCUGGAACCAACCCAGGAGACAAAACUUUGGAAGAUAAAUUCUUUGAACAUGAGGUAAAACUGAUGAAGAAUGCAUUCAUGCAACAAUUCCACUUUGGUGUGUUCUACUCCUAUGUAAAACUGAAGGAACAAGAAAAUCGUAACAUUAUCUGGAUUUCAGAAUGUGUAGCACAACAACACAGAGCCAAAAUUGAUAGUUACAUACCUAUAUUUUGAUGAGAUCUGAAUACAAGGGA